AUGACAACUGAAGCCUGGACUGUCAGUUAUGAAGCAUCUUCUGCUGUCUACUGGGAUAAUCCCCUCCAAGAUACCUGCCCACCACAGGACCUACCCUACGCUUGUGUCUACAUUCCCAUCCUCUACUUCAUCACUUUCUUCAUUGGCUUCAUUGGCAAUCUCUUGGUGAUUGUGCUGAUGGCCAAGAAGAGAGGCAGCAAGAGGCUGGUGGAUACCUUUGUCCUGAAUCUGGCUGUCGCCGACCUGGUCUUUGUCCUCACCUUGCCUCUCUGGGCAGUGUCAGCAGCUCAUGGUAACAAGUGGUACUUUGGUGAAGGCCUGUGUAAGUUCAGCAGCUUUAUCAUCUCUGUGAAUCGCAGCUCCAGCAUCCUGUUUCUAAUGGGCAUGAGCGUGGAGCGUUACCUGGUGGUCAUGAAGCGUGUGGACUCCAAGUCUACUGGGACCAAGAACUGUCUGAUCAUUGCCUGUGGUUGCAUCUGGGCUGUCUCUCUCCUCCUAGGCAUUCCUUCUCUGAUGUAUCGGAAGCUCAGCCUCUCAGAGGAUACCACUGGUGAAUUGUGCGAGGAUGAGGACUCUGUCGCCUUCCAGGUGCUCAGCCUGGCUUUGCUCAUCUUGACCUUUCUCCUGCCCUUGGGAGUGAUCUUAUUCUGCUAUUGCUCCAUCUCCUUCAAGCUGCUGAACCACAUCAGGCUGGGAAAGGGGACGAAGAACUCCCUCCAGAUCAUCUUCACAAUCAUUGGUGCCUUCAUCUGCUGCUGGCUGCCCUUCAAUGCCUUUAAAGCGUUCCUCUUCUUCUCCUCCAUGUUCCAGGGAGCAGAUCUGUCUUGCUGGGCAUUAAUGGCUCUCAGGAGGGGCCUGACCAUCAGUGCUUGCUUGGCCUUCAUGAACAGCUGCGUAAAUCCCAUCAUCUAUGCCUUGAUGGAUCGCCAUUUCCGACGCCAGGUGCUGCCACAACGGCUCCGGGUCUGUGGUGCUUUCCAGGAGACAAGGCAAACCUCGGGCUUGUCCUUCUCAUCCACUACUGAGUCCAGCCUCAUGUUCGCCAGCCGGAACAAGCCAUCAUCGCCUGCGUCCAUUCAGCCAGAGAUGUAA